UAAAUAUAGAGGUCAAUGUGCAGAGCGCUGAUCUCUCUGUUGUUUUUCUCAGCAGUGAAGACUAGCCCCUUUCAAAGCUCCAACUUCACUUUAACCAUGAAGUUCCUGCCGCUCGCAUUGCUCCUCUGUGUUUCGCUGCCACACUGCUGGGCUGCCUGCCACUUUUUCGACAGUUUCAAAGUAUUAAAUCACUGCCAAGACUUUGUUGAUAAGUCCUGGCACCCUAUUGACUCAAACUGGAGGAACUCGGUAUGUCAGGACUGCACCUGUUCCUCGUGCUGCGAUGCAUGGUGAAGAGCUGUGAAAAUCCAGCUUUGUCAGUGAGCACUGUCUGCUACAUUGAGUGUCAUCACAAAGCAAGAAAAAAAGAGAAGUCAAAACAAAUAAAGCAACCAAAAGUUGAAGCAAAACCCAACAAACAUCUAAACAAGGCUUGAAGAUCUGACACUAUUACACAACAUUUGCUAAAAUUCCCAGGAAAAAAAAAAGAUGAAUUUUGCUGAAAAGUAAUAAAACAGAAGAUUAAGAUGGAAUGAAGAUGAAGUGCAAGUUGGGUCUGUGAGGGUCUGUCGAGUGUUGAGCGUCUGCGGCUGGUCAUAUUGACCGUGACUGGAACAGCGCUGCCAUUGCUGUACUCUGAUUGCUGUGAAAUGUGAAAAUGAACCAUUCAUUCAUUCAUUCAUUCAUUCAUUCAUCAAUUAAAAUCUGUGCACUGCUGCA